AUGCCACGUGUGCGCACUCGACAUAUCGCUCUCUGCGUCUCCAUUGUUUGUUGGAUCUAUUACUUCCUUCCCAAGGACGAAGCCUUCCCGGUUCGUCAUGGCGCGGAUCACGGCUCUACCGCCGCGUUGGCGCACUACAUGAACGAUCCAUCUCAAAUCCCGCGCAUCCUCGCAACACCGAGUAGCUUCGACUGGAGCUCCGUGAACUUCACCUACCCGCUUCCACUCGGCCCCAAGCUUCCUUCACCUUUCACCAAACGUCCUCGUAUUCAACACAACUUCACACCCGACCCGAGCAAUGUACAUGCCAUACAGGAGGAGAGGCGAUUGGAGGUGAAGCGAGUGUUUGCAAAGAGCUGGGCAAGCUACAGGAGCAAGGCAUGGAUGAAGGAUGCGCUGAAGCCGAUAAGUGGACGAUAUGUCGACCAGUUCUCUGGAUGGGCUGCGACAUUGGUAGACUCACUCGACACACUUUGGAUGCUAGGGAUGCGGAACGAAUUCUACGAAGCUGUUGAAGCUGUUGCGACCAUUGAUUUCGGUAUGUCUACGGCACCGACAGUCAACACCUUCGAGACGUGUAUACGCUACCUGGGCGGGCUUCUUGCUGCAUAUGACUUGAGUGGACAUGAGGUGCUGAAGGCGAAAGCGAUCGAGGUGGGCGACCUGCUAUAUGGCGCCUUCAACACGAAAAACGGCAUGCCUGUUGACUUUAUCAACUUCGAAAAUGCGAAGCAGGGCACUGGGUUGAUCGUCGAGAAUCAAGUGGUUAGCGCAAGUCCGGGUACCAUCACGCUAGAGUUCAGCAGGCUGAGCCAGAUUGCGGGAAACGACAAGUACUAUGCUGCUGUGUCGAGUCUGAUGGAUGUAUUCGCGGAGAGUCAAACGAAGACGAAACUGCCAGGCAUGUGGCCUAUGAUGGUGUCCAUGCGCGCCAAAGACGUUGUUUCGGGUUAUCAGUUCACGAUAGGUGGGAAUGCGGAUUCCUUGUAUGAGUACCUACCAAAGGCGCAUGCCCUGCUUGGGUCUGCAGAGCUAAGCUCGAGCAAGUACGAGGCCAUGUCACGCUCCUUCAUGGAUACGGCGAUGAACAACUUAUUCUUCGCACCUAUGAUACCAGGGAACGAGGACAUUCUGAUCUCAGGCAACGUCGAUGUUCAUGAGGACGGUCCCAGUCUUGACCCCGAAAGCGAGCAUCUGUCAUGCUUCAUCGGUGGUCUUUUCGCGCUCGGUGGGCGGCUGUUCGACAACGCAGAAUAUCUCGAAACCGGAGCGAAGCUUGCUCGCGGGUGUGCAUACGCCUACAAGUCUUUUCCCACUGGUAUUAUGCCAGAAAGGUAUAACAUGGUUCUAUGCCCCGGCCCAGAUCAUCGUAAAUCCUGCGCUUAUGACGAAGAGCGCUAUGCCGUAGAAGCAGCUGCACGACCGCAGCACAAAUCUCACCUUCCUAAAGGUUUUACCACCGCUAAAGACCCUCGCUACAUCCUUCGUCCCGAGGCCAUUGAAUCUGUCUUUAUACUAUGGCGCAUCACGGGCGAUCCCGUUUGGCGCGAUACUGCAUGGGAUAUGUUCGAGGCUGUAGCCAACGCAACGGACACAGAGCUUGCGAAUGCUGCGAUCAUGGACGUUUCUGUCAUCGGGUCAAAGAAAGAGGACUACAUGGAGAGUUUCUGGAUGGCAGAGACCCUGAAGUACUUUUACCUGUGCUUCGCCGACACGGGCUUGGUUAGCUUAGAUGACUUUGUGUUGAAUACUGAAGCGCAUCCUUUUCGGUUAUCCAAGGGGUAG